AUGGAGGCGGCAUACCACCGGAAGAUUGAGCUGCAGUCGCCCGAGGACUUUGCCUACCUGGCCCGGAAUGUGCGGCGGGCAGCGGCGGAGAGCGUGGCGGCAGCCUUCCCACCAGUCGAAGAUGCCACGGACAAGACGAACGGCAGCAAGGCGCGGGCCAAGGGCCGGAAGAAGUCGCCAGGCGACGAUGCGGACGAUCUGCACACGCGCGUGGAGGCGCUUGUGAAUGAGUACAUCCGUCGAACGUACGCGCUCGCGGCGCCGAACCUGACGAUCAACGGCCUGCCCGUCGACACGGACCCGUACUUUGGCGGUCCGGCCAAGAACAGCGACGACGAAGACGACGAGGACGAGGCCUACGAGCCCUUUGACGGCCGCAAGCGCCAGCGCGUCGAGGACCUCGCCCGCGAAGAAGAGGACCUCCUGCGCGACAUCGCCGCCCUCAAGCGCCGCGUGCCACCCGCCGCCGUGCGCGCACACGCUCGCCGCCUCGAAUCGGCCGUCGCUGCUGACACGGCCACGGCAGACGCUGUCACGGCGGCUGCUGCUGCUUCUGCUGCCGCGGCCGAGGAGGAGAUCUGGACCAGAGAGGUCGCCGCAGCCGCCCGCCAGAACGGCAACAACUACAACAACAACACGGCUGCAGUGGCGACGGCGUUCGCCCAGGCCGUCACCGGACUCGGACGACUCAAACAGGCAAUGCCGGCCACUGUGGCGCGCAUGGAGCGGGCCAGAGUGGCCGGCGAUUAUGCUGCAGCAGAGAGGUGA